AUGGGCGUGGACGAGUGCGGGCUGGUCAUCGGCAAUGAGGUACCUGCCUCGAUGCUUUUCUGUCGGGACGAAGCGCUCAGAGUCAUUCUCGUCCUCCUAAAGGACCACGGGCAGUGUGCUCCCAUCCACAUCCACCGACUGAGCGCCGGGGCCUGCAAGGAAUGGGAACACGCCUGCAGUGACGGUCUCCGGGACAUGGCGGCCUCGAUGGAGUCCAAUCUCGUGGUUGAUACAGAGGACAAGGUGCAGAACGAGUCGGAGAAGAGCCGCGCAAAGUUGAACUUCUUCGUCAAGUUCGCGCGAGGUGCGUUCCCUCCCUCACAAUUCCAAUGA